UUUGUAUUACAUUCUUCUAGUUGAAAUACGUAUGCAGCCUUUUGAUGUUGAGUUGCAUUUUCUUAAGUGUCUAAGCUGCCAAAAAUAGCUUAUUUACUUUGUAUUAAAUAGUAGAAGAUCUUAACCAUGUUAGAGGAAAGACAAUGGUGGAUAGUACUGUAUUUGCUUUAACUGUCAUUGAAACAUCCAGUUUUCUUCCAUGUUAAAGUUUAGUUGUCUUAUUUAGGUAGUGCUUUAGUUGGCAGAGUACAGAAUAAAACCCUUGAGGUAGGGAUUCAGUUGAUUUCCUAAUAUCUGAUAGAAUCAUCAAUAAUCCUUACCUAAUUCUUAUGUAACUUUAGAGACUAUACUCUUUUCUAAAAAGAGAAUAUCAGAACACAGUGAAAUGUCUCAGAGUUCUCCUGAAAUUCUACAUGAUACAGGAAUGAAAACAUUAUAUUGCCGUUCCUCCCCGGCAGCCAGGCGCGCCUCCAGUCCUCCCCUCGGUCCCCAGCAGCGGAACAGCAGCCGGGAGGCCUUCCGGCACCGUUUGCCAUGUGGCCGCCUCCUCUGCAGCACUACGAUGUACUGCGAGAAGUGGAGCUCCGGGGUGGAGAUGUGUCUCUUCCUUGAAGACCUGCGGGAGGGCUCCUGCAUCCUCUGCCUCUGCUCCAGGGCAUUUGUGGAAGAUCAGAAAUAGUGCAGUUUGGGUUUAAAAGGCUACUACGUUAAAGACGAUGGCAACAGUGCAGGAGAGCAAGCUACAGAAGAGGAAGAAGGUGGUCAUUCCCAGGGCACUGCAGAGUCACGUGACAGCAAAGAUGCAGGCCCAGAUGAAAGUGAACUUGAUUCUGAGGCUGAACUCAUGAGAAGUAUGGGACUGCCACUUCAGUUUGGUAGGGUGUCUGCACAUAAGAAUUUUGAGGUAUCUAUGAAUACUAGAAACAAAGUUAAUAAAAAGAAAAAACAUCAAAAGAAGUACUUAGAUGAAAUAAGAGAAUUUUGGAGACAAGAAUGUGAGGAAGAUGACAUUUUGGCUUCAGAUGAUCCAUCUUCAUCUGAGAAUGAGAACACCAGAAGGUAUAAACUUCGAACCAAAAAAGACAUUGAAGGUGAGAAUCUUCCUGCUGAAAAUACAUUAUCUCCAAAGCUGGAAAUUAUGGAGCUCUGGGAAAAGUACUGGAAGGAAUACGGUGGGGAACUGCUGUGGCAAAGCUGGCAAGAAAAGCAUGCAGGUCAGAUGCCGUCCUCAGAACCCUGGAACAUCCUUAAUACAGAGGAGGAAUGGGAGCAACAUUAUAGCCAGCUCUUGUAUUAUUUGGAACAGUUUCAGUAUUGGGAAGCUCAGGGUUGGACUAUUGAUGCUUCACAAAGCUGUGAUACAGAUACUUGUGUGUCUAAAACAAUAGUUGACAGCAAGAAAGACGAAAAUUGCACGAAAGCAGAUGAACUUUCUUCUCCAUCUUCAUCAGUGGGUAGCAAAAGCUCUAGUUCAAGUGAUAAAGAUCAUAAUGAAAUUCUUGAUGGACUUAGUAAUAUAAGUCUGAAUUCAGAGGAAGUAGAACAGAGCCGAUUAGAUCCCUCUGUGAGUUGUGAUGGACAUCAGUGUUUAAGUGAAGUUAGCAGAAGAGAAUGCCUUGCUUCGGGCCAAAGUGAACCAUGUAAUGGAGGAAGCAAGGAAAGCAACUUGUCUGGGAACAGAAGCACAAGCCAACCAGCUCAGGAUUCACAAGAGUCAUCAGAAGCAAACACAAUCAAAGACAGACCACACCUCAUCGGCACUGAUGGAGAUGAGAGUGGCGAAGAUCCACCUGAACAGAAGCCAAGCAAAUUCAAGAGGAGCCAUGAACUGGACAUCGAUGAAAACCCGGAUUCAGACUUUGAUGUCGACGGUUCCCUUCUAGGAUUCGAGCAUGGCUCAGGACAAAAAUAUGGUGGAAUUUCAAAUUUCAGUCACUGGCGGGUCAGGUAUCCACACAAGAAUGUGAAGUACAAGUCAAAGUACUUGGACAUGAGAAGACAAAUCAAUAUGAUAAACAAACACAUGUUCUUCACUGAAGAGCCAGGAAAAACUCUUUUCAAGAAAAGCAAAACUUUGAGUAAGGUAGAAAAAUUCCUAAAAUGGGUUAAUGAACCAAUGGAGGAGGAAGCAUCGCAGGAGUCAGUUUCUCAUAACAACGUGCAAGAUACUUGCACAAGCAGUGGUUCAGAGGAGCAAAAAGUGUCUGUUGAAAAAGGGGAUGACCCACCGGAGACGAGUGAGCCAGAACCUGGAAAGCAUCAUGCCAUGUCUCCAGCUGGGGAAGUGGGAACAGAGAAAACUGACAGGGACAGCACAGAAGCAGCAGUGACAGAUGUGGGUGACUGCCCCACCCAGGCUGCACCAGACCGUCUUCAGGUAGAAGCCGAAGCUGAAAAUAAAAAGAAGAAGAAGAAGAAGAGCAAGAACAGAAAGGGAAUUGGUCUGCCUCCUGAGAUCACUGCUGUGCCCGAGCUGGCAAAGUACUGGGCCCAGAGAGACAGGCUCUUCUCCCGCUUUGAUGAUGGGAUUAAAUGAGACAGAGAGGGCUGGUUUUCAGUUACACCCGAGAAGAUCGCUGAGCACGUUGCCGGCAGGGUCAGCCAGUCCUUCCAGCGUGACACCAUAGUUGACGCAUUUUGUGGAGUUGGAGGAAAUACCAUACAGUUUGCUUUAACAGUAAAGAGAGUGAUCGCCAUUGAUACUGAUCCUGUUAAGAUCGAUCUUACUCACAAUAAUGCAGAAAUUUAUGGGGUAGCGGACAAGAUUGAGUUCAUCUGUGGAGAUUUCCUGCAGCUGGCUUCUCAUUUAAAGGCUGAUGUCGUGUUUCUCAGCCCUCCUUGGGGAGGACCAGACUACACCACCGAGAUCUUUGACAUCAGCACCAUGAUGUCUCCUGAUGGCUUUGAAAUUUUUCACCUUUCUCAGAAGAUCACUAAUAAUAUCAUUUAUUUUCUUCUAAGAAAUGCUAAUAUUGACCAGGUGGUGUCCUUGGCUGAGCCUGGAGGGCAAGUGGAAAUAGAACAAAACUUUCUUAAUAAUAGAUUGAAGACAAUCACUGCUUUUUGGGGGGAACUGAUCAGCAGAUCAGCCUCUGAAUCAUAAGUGAGGUGGUACAGAGAUCAAAAGAUCAUAGCGGUUCAGAACACUAUUCACUUGGAAUUUCUUCUCUGUAUUCGCUGAUACUUUGUACCCAUAG